AUGACACAGGCGCUUUUGCUUGAAGUGGAAAAAUUCAAUGGUGAGAAGUUGCUGGAGACGCACCUUGAAGUCGAAGUUGAAGAACUGGAAGAGGAAGUUCUGCUGCAGGCCCUGCCUUACUUCCAGAGUCUCGACCCCAAAGUGCAGAGGAGGCUGAAGAGAGCAGCCUUGCAUCCUGGAGAAGACGAGCGACAGCCAGCCCAGAAGCAGCAGGCCAAGAACAGGGUGAAGAAGAAGAGGAAGCGCAAGGAGCUGAAGGCAGCCAAAGAGGCAGUGCAGGAGUUGCGGAAGACGCACAACAGAAGCGAGCUUCUGAAGAGCAUGGUGCCUACUGCAGGAAAGACCAGGCAGGCCUUGGAGAAGUCUCUGAAGAAGGGCCACAAGAAGAAGACGGUCCUGAAGGCCGGCAAAGAGGCUUUGAAGCAGUUGGAGUCCGAGUUGCCGGCCCUGCCUGCAGCCGAGCCCUUAGACCCAGCAGAGGAGAAAGUGCAGGUGACGGUUUGCUUGGAGCAUGCAGGAAAGCAGUACUACGGCAGAACAGGCCUUAGAAGGGAGUUCCUGGAGCAGACCAGCAUCUUGCCAGACCUGAAGAUGCUGACCUUGCAGUCUGUGAAGCGGUCAGACAUGCAGAUGUGGCUUCGUGAAGCUGCCUCAAAGACUCUUGGAGACGACCUUGGAGACGAUGUGGAGGUGCCACGAGCAGAUGGCAGCUGGUUGCUGGACCAGCGCAUGACUGUAGCCUGGCUGUUCCUUCAAUGGAGUCUCCCAGGCUUGAAGGCCGCUUCCGUGAGCUUUCUGAGGCCAGAAGUGGUGCAGUCCUUUAUCGCACUUGCAGAUCCGACAACCAAUCUGGAGGGAUUGGGAGAUAAAGAGUGGCCUCAGGCAGCCGGAGAAAUGCAGCAGCGAAGGAGAGCAUUCUUGGAGGCAGAGUUGCAGAAGGACUUGGUGUUCGUGCCGAUCUUCGCCGGCCACCACUGGACCCUCGUGGAGAUUUGCAGACUUGGCUCUCUGCAGGUGAAGUACUACGACAGCCUGCAGGUGGAGUCGGCAGCCUCUCGACAGGUGGCAGAGUUCUUCCUGGAGACCUUGCUGCCAGGGGUGCACCUGCCCGCAAGAGCCAAUGCAGCUCGCCAACCUGCAGGCACGGGCCAGUGCGGCUCGUACUGCCUGCACUGGGUGGAGCAGAGGUGCAGGAGCCACUUGGGCGGUCGCAGCCUUGUCUGGCCCACUGCAGCGACUUGGGCUGCGAGAUUGCAGUCGCUUUGCAAAGCUCUGCAGAAGGAGCAGGGCAAGAUCGACGAAGCCAAGCUGAAGGCCCAAAAGAAGCAGAUUCUGGCUGAAGCGAAGGCAAAGCUGGCUGCAGCCAAAAAGAAGAAGAAGGAGGGCGACAUGAAGGACCUUGCAGAGAAAGCUGCAGAAUCCCUUCUGAAGGACCCUGCAGGCAAGCCGUGCUUCGAGAACCUCACUGCAGACGGGCAGUGCCAGGUCCUGAAGAUCCUGGAGGGGUACACUGGAGGCUUCGACGUGGAGCACAUGUAUGGAGCCAGUGGUGCAGUGCUGUACCAGCGAAGCAAGGUGCAGAGGGCUGCACAGCUUGCAGCAUAUGGAGACAAGCAGGCGAAAGCACCGCAGCAGAAGUCCCUUGCAGAUGCAGCACUAGCUCCAGACCUCCCUGCAGAUCCGGUGCAGCCUGAAGAGCCAGCGACACAGGACCUUCCUGCAGAUGCGGUGCAGCCUGCAGCAACAGAGCCGGCGACACAGGACCUCCCUGCAGAUCCGGUGGAGCUUGAAGAGAUAGCGACACAGGACCUCCCUGCAGAUCCGGUGCAGCCUGAGCCUGCAGCAGAGCCAGAGACAUAG